CUUCGUGCUCGUGCAUCAUCUUCUUUAACGGUCGCGUCUAAUACCCAAAAACAAUCGCACUACAACACGAUUCCGGUAAUAUCGUGCAAUUUGUAUACGAGUUACCAGCAGGUAACAAUGCGAUAGUAUUAUGACCAACAACAUCGCCAGCACUUGCCGAUUCUGAUAUACUCGUAAACAACAUACGCAUGCUGCUUAUUUCGAUUUGGAUUUUCAUGCACAACAGGUUUGGGUUGCCUUCACCCCGCCCCCCUGCAUUUUUCACAAAUUCCCACUAUUUUGACCACGAAGAACAAGAUACAGGUGAUACAAUCUAUUGCAGUAUGAAGAUGACAAUGUGAGGAUUGAUGUCGCGUCAAGUAUCGCUGUUGCAGCUAGUUGUAGCUGUAGAACUGCAGAAAUUUUUCAAUGACGGUAAAACAGUUACUAGGCGGCACAACCACAAGAGCAGAAGUCGUGAUGGAUAUUCGUGAUUCGGGUCUCGUCCUCGGCCGGGUCCGAUAUCGUUGCGGCGUGCGCGCACGGGUGUAAAGCUUGUAUUCGCAGUAAUAUCAUUCGCAACCUUUUCUAGUAGACUUGUGUAAGUCAGACAGUAGUUAAAAGACUCAGAAGCUCGAGCUCGUCCCGCCCUCCGCCCUUGGCUACUUGUCUGACCAGCAGGGACUUGCACUACACUUCGCAACUCUCCGUGUGCUGCAGACAUGCCCCCUUCUACUUCACUGCCUGAAGCUACACCCCAUCCAAGUACGGCACCGAGGAUGAUCCUUUCCUUUUCCUCCAGAGCGUGGUCAAGAAACCCGCUCAUGAUCUUCAUCGCGACCACUCUAUUUCCGCUCUCGCUGGUUUCAGCGCAGGACCAGGUCGCGCGGCUGACGUUCGCGUGUCCCUACUCGUGGGAGAGUUGUUGCGACACGUGGGCAGGUAUUGCCGUGAUCGCGGCCCGGCACGUGAACGCGCGGAAUGACAGCAUCGUGCCGGAGAUUGCGACGUUGAAGAACGUGACCGUCGACCUGUCCACGCAAGACCGCAACGCGUAUGCUAGCGGGUAUGCCCUGGUAAAGGCGUCGCAGGAAGCGACCAGUCCGCCUCACGGAUACAUCGCGUACUACUACAGCUCGGACACGAUCAGCUCGCACAAGUACUUUGCGGAGAAGAACCUGGACACGCCCUUGGUCGGGUGGGGGGCCGCCAGCCCCGUGUUUUUGAAAUUCCCCACUUACUACCAAAACUUCUACAGCGUGUACCCCAACGACGCCCUGGUGGCGCAGCAGAUGGCCCGGGUGUUCGUGAACGAGUUCGGCUGGAAGUUCUUCGCCUGCAUCCAUGAGCCCGACUCCUGGUCCACCGGGUUUAUCGACGUGUUCCAGGAGACCUACAACAGCCUGGUGCCCGCAUCCGCCAACAGCACCGCGGGCAGUCUGACCCGGUACCAGGUUACCCCCGGGUUGCAGCACGAGUACGAUACCACGGUCCGGGCAAUGGAGGCCGGGGUCGCACGCGUGGCGGUGUACAUCAACCUGUCGCCCAGCAGCAUGGCCCGCAUGCUCGCCACCGCCGCGGCGAGGGGCAUGGCGGGGAAGUCCGCCGUGCAGCCCUGGUCCUGGGCGGGCGUGUCCCUCGGCGCGGCGGGCGCCAGCUUCGAGCCGAACUACUACGGUUUGGUGUCGGUGAUGCCAAAGGACAAGGUGCAAACCAAGCUCACCUACCUCCGCGAUAUCUGGUUUUCCGAAAUGGGAACGGGACCACUGCCCACCGCGAGCGCGCUCGGCCUGACCACCGGCGGGGGCGCCACCGACAUGGAAGUCGCGAAUCGCCGCGUGUUGUCCGCAAGCUGCGAAGCCUACGGCGUCUAUGUGUACGACGCCGUUGUGGCGGCGGCGCUGGGCUUUGAGAAGUACGCGAACGGCACGUUCCCGACGUUUGCGUCGGCGCUGGCGGAUGGCGUCGAGAUGAAUGGGAUGACGGGCACGCUGAAGCAGCAGAAGGGGGAUAACAUUCGGAACUGGGGCAUCCGUUCCUCGGGGCUGACGUACGCACUGUUGAACAUUCAGGACCAGAUGCAGGAGAUCACGCGGUUCCAGCAGGCCAGCCAGGUGACGUCCGCACACGUCGCGCAGCUCCGCAGCCCGGGACAGAAGACCACCCUGCCGCUGGCGUACGAGGCCGGGCCCUGCUUCUUCGACCAGAUUGAGUGCAACUUCGGGAAGUGCAUGGACGUGCCGAAGCUCGGCUUCGAGGAGGGCUACUGCGCGUGCAACCCCGGGUUCCUGGGGCAGAAGUGCAACGUGAAGGAAACCCGCGCGAUGACCUUCGGCCCGAGCUCGUCCGGACAAAUAUCCGCGCUCGCGAACGUGUUCUGGUACAAGUUUGACAAGUUCGACGAGACGCAGUUCACGGCCUACUUCACCGUGACCCAGAUGUACAAGGACGACCGCGUGCGAGUGACUAACGGUGUGUACCACGACGCAGUGCUGGACCAAUUGGAGGCCGACCUGCUCAUCUGGCUUCCCAAAGUCACCGUGGAGGACUGCGCCAAGCUCGAGGCCGUCGGGAAGCGCCUGGCGGAGGUGCGGUACCCGAUCGUGUACUACGAGUACCAGGUGCGCGCCGUGGACUGCCCCGUCACCCCCUUCUGGGACUACUACCCCUACGACCGACAGGCGCUGUCCGCGAAGUUUGAAAACGCGAACACCGAUUUGUUUUGGGAGUACGACUUCGAGGUGUGGCGCAGCGGGAGCCACCUGGUGCCCCCGUGGCGCGGGUACCAGCCCGCGCUCGCGACGGACGCGGAGCGCGCCGCGGCGCUGCUGUUCGAGCAACGCUACGCGCCCGGGGAGAAGCACCCGGGGAUUCCGAACAACGAGGUCUACUCCAUGAACUGGAACCCGACGUGGCCGAUCCACUCCGCGUACGUCCGACGGGACCACCAGAGUGUGAACCUCGUCACGGAGGUGGAGCGCGACGCGAGUCUGUGGAUGUACCGGGUGGCCCUGCCCGCCACGCUGCUGGGUACCUUUGCGUUUUCCACCUUCACCGUCGGGCCGCACAACUUGAUGCCCCGGUUCAUGAGUGGCUUUCUCGCCUACAUCGCACUGCAGAAUUUCCGUGCCAACGCGGUGGAAGAGGCGCCGACCACGAUGACGGAAAUUUCCUACUUCGAGGCCUUGCUUCUCUACCUAACCGUGAUGAACGCGUCCUGCGUGAUUGCGGUGAUGGUCGGCGAACUGCUGAUGCAGAAGUACGGCCCGCUGGUGGUGUAUGGAAGCGUCAGGAUUGAAAUCGUCAAAGUCGAAGAAUUUGUGAUGCACAAAAUCGAUACCAGUCGGAGCCUCAGUUUCCGAGUGGCGCAUGACAAAUUUCGGGAGCACCCAAGGCCAGUCUGUCAUGCUGUUUAGGCAAAGAAGACUGCUCCUGUCAUGCUACUCUGACAGCGCAGGGCGUACCCCUAAACAGGCUUGCAAUCGGUUUCAUUUGCCUGCUCCCCAAUACAGGCCUUCAGUGCCCUACAUUUUAUGCAUCGCAAAUCUUUCGAUUUUGUCGCUUUUGAUUCUGACACAUCCAUAUGGUGAACGACCUGGACCGCGUCAGCCGCCGCACCGUGCCGCAGUGCUAUUUCAUCGCCGUGGUGUCCGCCCAGCUCUGCGCGGGGGAGGACAACUGGCUGGGCGUGGGGGUGUACGGGUUUCUCGGCUUGCAGAUGGCGCUCGCCGCCCUCCCGCCCCUCAUCUGGAUGUUGUGGUGCUACGUGCUGGUGGCGAACUCCGACCACUUCUUCCUCUACAACAGCCUCCACGUGGCGGUCAGCGACCCCGCGGCGCCCUGCGAGCUGCGGGACCACGAGCUGACGCUUUUGUACAAGUGGAUCGCGCGCAAGUACGGCUACGCCUCCGAGGCGGACCGGCGGGAGCGGCUCGAGCAAACGUCGGCCGAGCGGCACACGGCCCACAAGGUGGAGUCCAACCAGCACGAAGAGGACGACGAGGCGAAUGAGCAACUGCUGCUGAUUGAGGACGUCGCCAAGUACGUAGUAGAGACCAUCAAGGGCGACCUGGACCUGGAGCGGUGCAUCUUCUACACGAAGGUGAUCUUUGACGUGUGCGACGAAUCCGGCGACGGCAUGCUGAACGUGAAGGAGUGGAAGGACAACUUUCCCAAGUGCGUGGAGGCCACGGCCCGGGGCGGCGGCGCGCUCGCGAAGCGGAGCCGCUGGUUUCUCGCGGCGCUCUACUUCAAGAGGACGUUCCGCGGCUACAAAGCCCCCCAGUACAUAAACAAAUCCAAGUCGGACAAGGAAGGCAUGAACGCGAACAACUACAGCAGUUUGGACCUCGAGCUCAUGCUGUCCGACGCGAACCGCAAGAACGCCUUCGAGCACGUGCUGCCCGGGGGCAAGGCGCUGCAGCACCGCAAGUCGGCGGCCGUCUUCGUCGCCAUGCAUAAGGACGACGGCGCAGAGGUGGACAUUCUCCAGCUGUGUCGCGACCAACUUCUGGAUCGGCACGGGAAGCGCCUCAGCCGCCACGACGUCCCGCUUCCUAGUCCAGAAGCUUUGAAGAACAUAAAGCCGGACGAUGAAGAAGAUGUGCAAGAGCAGGCGCAAGAACGAGGUGGCGGAGAACGAGCUGAAGCUGAUAGAGCAGAGGGAAUAAACGCGACUGCAACUACUUCUAUGAGUCCGGAUAGCGUAGUUGUAGACGUAUCGCAGGACGAUCUUGCAGCAGUUGCAAAAACAGCACAGCGGCCUCCUCGACCGGACCCCGAGGACGAAGAUGAGGUUGUAAUAUCAACACAGCAAGCCGAAGUCGAUCAGCAAGCUGUAGUGGGGGACACAUCUUCAGGCCUAAAGAACCGCAACGGAAAUCUUCUGGCGCAGAAGGUGGAAGGCGAGGGAGCACCAUCAGUACCUCUUCUACUCGACGACGAUGAUGGAGGAGCGAGUAACAGAAGUUUUGCUGCAGCCAGCGGAGCCGCAUCGCCGAGAUUUGAGGUGUCGGAUGCAGAGGAAGUGAAAAGCGUCGGCUUCGGUGGAUAGUGCAGCUGGUACUGCGAAAUGUUAAAGUCACGCGUUCCUUAGGCUUAGCACCAGUAGAUUCAUCAGGAGCAUGCUGCUAUUUGUCGCCCAGCAUCUUUGAAAGCUAAAGCAUUUCUUUUGUGCCAGCGACUAUUUGUGUUUCUCUUUCUAUCCGCGCAUUGCUUGUCUCGCGCCUGGUUGCUUUCGGUUGUGUCGUCCUGCUACGCCGAAGACGAUUUGCUACAUCAAUUGCGAUAGUGCCUGAAGCAGUUGAUGCGACGCCCCCGACGUAAGACGAACAACACUACUCCCUCUGAUAUGCAUUUUAAGAUUUUUCUUGAGAUUUGCCUUAUCUUCGAUUUCGAAGCACCGACGUAACAAGAAACGAAAU